UCCCCCGGCCGCACCCUCCCGCACGACCCCUUCAAGAAGUCGGACUCCACCGCGAGCGACCACGAGGAGGUGCGGGCGGCGCUGGCCGACUCUGUCACCCGCACGUUCGACCCGGACGGCAUCGUCGGCGGCUUUGUCGCUGGCGUCGGCACCGACCAGGUCGAGGACACCUUCCCCGACUCCAACCCCACCGACACGCCCGCCAUCCUCAAGGCCAAGACGGCGGCGCGCAAUGCGGCGGAGGCACGGGCGCGCGGCGGGCUGUGGGUCAAGUUCACCUCGUUCGUCACCGCGCUGCCUCGCCCGUACAUCGGCGCUUCCAUCCUACUCGUCCUGCUCGCGUGCCUCAUCCCGGUCUACAUGGGCUCGCCUGCCUCGAUCGGCACGCCUGUGGCUGACGCCGUGGACGAGCCCUCGAACAUGGGCGUGAUGGUCGAGUCCGUCACCGCACUACCCCUCGAGCUGUCCACCGGGCCGGCGACUGGCUCAGGUGGCGGAGCAGAGUACGCCAUCGAGGAGGACCCGCUCUAG